UUUCAACUAUCAGUUAUCACUGGUUCAACGACAUUUUCGAGUUGUAAAAAAUGCUGUUAAAAAUGUUACUAUUAUGGUUAUGGUGUAUAAAUAUAGUAAUAGCUUCAAUAAAUGGUUAUAAUGACAAGCAAAAUGUAACUGAACCUUUUAAAUUAAACAUAAAACGUUAUUGGCCUGAUUGGGAAGAUCUCGAUACACGUCCACUACCAGAGUGGUAUGAUAGAGCUAAAAUUGGAAUAUUUUUACAUUGGGGAGUGUUCUCAGUCCCAAGUUUUGGGUCAGAAUGGUUUUGGAGUAACUGGGUUGGAGGAAACCAAAAGUAUAUAGAUUUCAUGAAUAAAAAUUAUCCACCUGGUUUUACAUAUCAAGAAUUUGCACCUAUGUUUAAAGCUGAAUUUUUUGAUCCUGAUGAAUGGGCUACACUAUUCAAGAGAGCUGGAGCUAAAUACAUUGUUUUAACCAGUAAACACCAUGAAGGUUUUACACUUUUUCCUUCAAAACGGUCAUUCAGUUGGAAUUCCGUUGAAGUUGGUCCUAAACAAGAUCUAGUCGGUGAAAUUGCUAAAUCAGUUAGAAGACAAGGAAUGAAAUUUGGUGUAUACCACUCAUUAUAUGAAUGGUAUAAUCCCAUUUACUUGGAAGACAAGCGGUCAUUGUUUUUAAAUAAAAGUUAUCCAACAACAAAACUGUGGCCUGAUAUAAAACAACUGGUCAAUGAUUACCGGCCGUCAGUGUUGUGGUCUGAUGGCGAUUGGGAGGCAUUUGAUGCUUAUUGGAAUUCCACUGACCUUUUGGCGUGGUUGUAUAAUGAUAGUCCUGUGAAAGAUGAGAUUGUAGUCAAUGAUCGUUGGGGGAUUGGGAUCCCAUGUCAUCAUGGAGAUUUUUAUAACUGCGCUGACAGGUAUAAUCCAGGAACUCUCCAACCUCAUAAGUGGGAGAAUGCAUUCACGGUGGACUCAAAAUCGUGGGGCUACAGACGAAACAUGAACUUGUCCGAAAUACUCAGUGACAAACAGUUACUCAAAGAAAUCGUUUCCACUGUCAGCUGUGGAGGCAACGCUCUUAUCAACGUCGGACCAACAAAGGAAGGCACGAUAGCGCCAAUAUUCCAAGAGCGUCUCUUGGCUCUUGGUGAUUGGCUUCAAAUAAACGGCGAAGCAAUUUACGAUACUUCACCAUGGAUACAUCAGAACGAUAGCCUUAACAAUGAUGUCUGGUACACGUGCACAAAACAACAGUAUGACGGGGUUAAUCCCACAUCUAAACCAAAGGUGGAAGAUGUGAUGGCGAUUUACGCGACCUUUUUCGAGUGGCCUCAAGAUGAUAACCUCUGUAUUAAGGAUGUCGUUAGUUAUCUACGUCGAGGCAGUUUGCGAGUUACCUUGUUGGAAAGUGAUAAGUCAUUGGACUGGGAGGUGGCAUUUGGCGUAUUAUGCAUCAAGUUACCCAACAAGGCGUCUGUUAAGUCAACCGUCGGUUGGUCGCUAAAAUUUUCUAAACAAUCUAUAAAUAAAUAUUUAGAAUAAC